UGUGCGAUUUACCAUUCGGCCACUGGAGGACGAAUGCCAGUGGUGAUUUACCAUAGGAGAAUGGGAGGGAAGUGACCUCACUAGGUGCAUUCCGUCUAGGACUCAACACUCUGUCUCCUUUGCACCAUUUGAGCUUCACAGGAGGUUUAAGUGGGUGCCGGAAAGUCUUGAAGGGAGGAGAACUAGAGGUGGGCAGGAUAUACCAUAGAAAUUGGGGAAGCCAUUUGUAUCACCGCCUGCUGGAGGCAAAAAAUUGGACAGAGAUGGCUGGAAGACUUGCUUGACCUGUAGCUACAGGAAUGGUACUAUGAAUAGAAAGGUGUUUGGAGAUCCACAAGAUUCCCUGGACUCAUUUGGAGUUGUACUACAGGACAGAGAAAGAAUGAAAAGCCAAUCUUUAGCGAGUGAGGAAGUUGGAAAAGGCUCUUCUGGUGUCCAGCCUGGGAGCUAUGGGGAGAUCUGUGCAAGAACUGGGCAGAAGAUCCUGGAGAAGAAAACAAUCCUUUCAGAAGUUCAGCCCUGGAACUUCAGGAGCUUCCAAUACAAGGAGGAUGAGGGUCCCAGAGUACUUUGCAGCCAACUCCACUACUUUUGUAGUCGAUGGUUGAGACCAGAAAAGCACACAAAAGCGCAGAUGCUGGACCUGGUUGUUUUGGAGCAGUUUGUGGCGCUUCUGCCCCUGCAGAUGGAGAGCUGGGUACGAGAGUGUGGAGCAGAGACCAGCUCCCAGGCGGUGGCCCUGGUGGAAGGCUUCCUCCUGAGCCAGGUGUUGGAGCAGAAGGAGAGGACUGAGUGGCAGUCUUUCAUGAUGGAGAUCAGAGACCGUGAGGGAAGGAGGCAUCCAUCAAGUUCAUCUCCAGAAAUGUUUUUCAGGAAGAUCUCUCAGGAUGAUCCAAAUCAAGACACUAUCACAGGGAUGAAUAGAAAGAAGGUGGCCCUUCCUGAAUGUGGAGCUGAAACAGUGGUAGAAACUCCAAUUCAGGAGAAUCUUGUGUCCUUUGAAGAAGUGGCUGUGUAUUUCUCCGAGGAGGAAUGGUCUGAGCUGGAUCCUGAUCAAAAAGCUCUGCAUUGGGAAGUCAUGCUGGAAAAUUACAGCAACGUGGCUUCUCUUGGUGAUAAUGGGCAGGACCAUAAAGAGUCUAGGGAAUCAUUCCAAGUGUUCAGAUAUGGAGACGUAACGGAGAAGCUUGAAAUGCAAAUGAAAUUCCAGAGGCAGGAGAGAAAUCAGUCAAAUAAUUGGAAUAAGGAAAGCUCAUCUUCCAUUGAGGCUCAGAUGCAGUUUCUUGAGCAACCAAGUAAAAUAAAAAAAAAAUAUAUUGGCAAAGGUAUAAGACUAUCCAAAGACACAUUAGAUGUAAAUGGACAGCAUCUGAUCCAUGACAAAGGACAAGAUUGUAUAUACAAAGACAAUGGAAAUCAAUACAAUUGGACUUUCACACUUUCUCAAGAAAAUGGGUCACUUACAUCACAUAAAACUAUUCAUAUGGGAGAGAAGCCAUAUGGGCAUGGAAAAAGCUUCAGUGAAAACAAGACUCUUACUAUUCAUAAAAGGAUCCACACAGAGGAAAAGCCAUUUAAAUGCAUGGAAUGUGGAAAGGACUUUACUUGCAACAGUAGUCUUACUUCCCACAAAAGGAUCCACACAGGGGAGAAGCCAUAUAAAUGCUUGGAGUGUGGAAAGGGCUUUAGGUGCAACAGUAGUCUUAAUUCCCAUAAAACGAUCCAUACAGGGGAGAAACCAUAUAAAUGCAUGGAGUGUGGAAAAGGCUUUAGGUGCAACAGUAGUCUUACUUCCCACAAAAGGAUCCACACGGGGGAGAAGCCAUAUAAAUGCUUUGAGUGUGGAAAGGGCUUCUGUGACCACAGUAGUCUUACUUCCCAUAAAAGGAUCCACACAGGGGAGAAGCCAUAUAAAUGCAUGGAGUGUGGAAAGGGCUUCAGCAAAUCCAGUAGUCUUACUUCCCACAAAAGGAUCCAUACAGGAGAGAAGCCAUAUAAAUGCAUGGAGUGUGGAAAGGGUUUCAGCAAAUCCAGUAAUCUUACUUCCCACAAAAUGAUCCACACGGGGGAGAAGCCAUAUAAAUGCUUGGAGUGUGGAAAGGACUUCAGAAUACAUAGUGAUCUUACAACCCAUAAAAGGAUCCACACGGGGGAGAAACCAUAUAAAUGCAUGGAGUGUGGAAAGGACUUCAGAAUACAUAGUGAUCUUACAACUCAUAAAAGGAUCCACACAGGGGAGAGGCCUUACAAAUGCAUGGAAUGUGGAAAGACUUUUACUCAUAACGUUCAACUUGCUUCCCAUACAAGGAUGCAUAGAGAGGAGAAGCCAUAUAAAUGCAUGGAAUGUGGAAAGGGCUUCCUUGUAAAUUCAUCCCUUAUGAGACAUAAGAUGAUUCACACGAGGGAUAAACCAUAUAAAUGUAUGGAGUGUGGAAAGACCUUUAGUCAUGACAUUCAACUUACUUCCCAUAAAACGAUCCACACAGGGGAGAAGCCAUAUAAGUGUAUGGAGUGUGAAAAGGACUUCCAUUUAAAUUCAUCCCUUAUGAGACAUAAGAGAAUUCACACAGGGGAUAAACCAUAUAAAUGUAUGGAAUGUGGAAAGACUUUUAAUCGUAUCAUUCAAUUUACUUCCCACAAAAGGAUCCACACGGGAGAGAAGCCAUAUAAAUGCAUGGAUUGUGGAAAGGGCUUCAGCCGACCCGGUAUGCUUAUGACGCAUAAAAGGAUCCAUAGAGAUGAAAAGCCAUUUAAAUGCUUGGAGUGUGGAAAGGGCUUCAGCAAGCCCAGUAAUCUAUCUUCUCAUAAAAGGAUCCACACAGGGGAGAAGCCAUUUAAAUGCUUGGAGUGUGGAAAGGUUUUUAGUUGCAACAGUAAUCUUACUUCCCAUAAAAGGAUCCACACAGGGGAGAAGCCAUAUAAAUGCAUGGAGUGUGGAAAGGUCUUUAGUUGCAACAGUAAUCUUACUUCCCACAAAAGGAUCCACACAGGGGAGAAGCCAUAUAAAUGCAUGGAGUGUGGAAAGAGCUUCAGAGUACAUAGUGAUCUUACAUCCCAUAAAAGGAUCCACACAGGCGAGAAACCAUAUAAAUGCAUAGAGUGUGGAAAGGACUUCAGAAUACAUAGUGAUCUUACAAUCCAUAAAAGGAUCCAUACAGGGGAGAGGCCUUACAAAUGCAUGGAAUGUGGAAAGACUUUUACUCAUAACAUUCAACUUGCUUCCCAUAAAGCGAUCCACACGGGGGAGAGGCCUUACAAUUGUACGGAAUGUGGAAAGACUUUUACUCAUAGCAGUCACCUUGCUUCCCAUACAUCGAUCCAUAGAGGGGAGAAGCCAUAUAAAUGCAUGGAGUGUGGAAAGGGCUUCCAUGUAAAUUCAUCCCUUAUGAGACAUAAGAGGAUUCACACGGGGGAUAAACCAUAUAAAUGUAUGGAAUGUGGAAAAGGCUUCAGUGAACUCGGUAAUCUUACAUCCCAUAAAAGGAUCCACACGGGGGAGAAGCCAUAUAAAUGCAUGGAGUGUGGAAAGGGCUUCAGUGAACACAGUAAUCUUAUUUCCCAUAAAAGGAUCCACACAGGAGAGAAGCCAUUUAAAUGCAUGGAUUGUGGAAGGGUUUUCAGUCAACGCAGUAACCUUACCUCCCAUAAAAGGAUCCAUACAGGGGAGAAACCAUAUAAAUGUGUGGAAUGUGGAAGGUGCUUUAGUGAACACAGUAAUCUUAUUUCCCAUAAAAGGACACACACAGGAGAAAAGCCUUUUAAAUGCAUGGAUUGUGGAAAAUGCUUCAGCCGACCCAGUAUACUUACUUCCCAUAAAAGAAUCCAUAGAGAUGUGGAGCCAGUUUCCGAAACAGAGAGAUUUUGGUGAGAAUGUAUGCUAAUUUAGCAGGUUAAAUCUUUGGAUUUUCCUAUUUCAUCGACUGAACUCAGAAAGGAAGGGUUUUUUGAGUUUGGCCCUCCCAACUGGCAGCCCCAGAGAGAGAUGGAUAUAUUAAUUUAAAUGAAAACAAUGUGCAUGUUUUCAUUUUAAUCAUGAAUGAUGAAUUUUUGAAUGUAUUUAUGUAUAUAUUUAUUUUUUUUUAGAAAUAAACUUCUGCUCCCCAUAAAUAAAUAAAUAAAUAAUAAAUAAAUAAAUAAAUAAAUAAAUAAAUAAAUUUUAUUUCUAUACCGCCCUUCUCCUGGAGGACUCAGGGCGGUGUACAGCCUAUUAAAAGCACAAAGACAGAUAUCAGUUAAAAAUAAUUAAAAUUAUUAAAUAAUUUCGGCUCAGAUUUAAAACCCCAAAAUUUAAAACACCCAAUUUAAAAAUCAUUACAUUGAUAGCCCGGCCUGGCGGAACAGCAGGGUCUUGAGGGCACAGCGAAAUACACAGAGGUCUGAGAUCUUACACAGUUCAUUCCACAGGGCUGGGGCUCCCACAGAGAAGGCCCUCCCCCUGGGUGUCGCCAGCUGACAUAACUUGGCUGAUGGCACCCUGAGGAGAUCCUCUCUGUGGGAGCGAACUGGCCGGUGGGAGGCUGUUGGUGGCAGAAGUUAGUCUCUAAGGUACCCGGGUCCUAUGCGAUGGAGCGCUUUAAAGGUGGAAACCAACACCUUGAAUCGCACCCGGAAGACCAUUGGGAGCCAGUGCAGCUCACUCAGGAGGGGUGUCAGUAGCCCAUGAGUGGCUACUGUCUGCAUUUUUAAAGGUGCUGCUUCUGCUAUUAAAUUUUAACUUUCAUGUGUAACUUGGGUUUUUUCUUUCUAUUUUGCCUUUUACUUUGGAUGAGUAGAUUACAUGUUAAUUGCCAGGUUGAAUGCUGUUAAGUCCAAUACACUCCAUUGAUGAACUUUCAAUUAAAGACUUUUAUUGCCUUCAAGAUGGAGACUUCAUCUGAGUUAUCACUUUCAUCUGAUUUAUGGCAUGGAACGGCAAUGGCAAAGUUCAGUCUUUUGUUUUGAAGUGAAGUAAUUUUAGCCAUUUUAGGCUUUUUGAUUAUUUAUUGAAAAUGUGAGAUCAGUUAUUGUUUAUUUAUUGAAAAGGCUACAUUAUUUAUUGUAAUUAUUUAAUGAAAUUGCUAUAUAAUUUUUUAA